CGUCAGAAUACAAAGAUAAACCAUCACGCUUGACCUACUGAGUAUACCGACACAGAUGGAAUCCGAAGAAUUACCGACAAGCAUAAAAGAUCUCCCGACGCCAUGUCUUCUGGUCGAUAUCGACAGGGUCAAAAGAAACUGCUCUAGAAUGAUAACACGCUACAAAAAGAUAGGAGUGGAACUGCGGCCUCAUAUGAAAACCCACAAAACUAUAGAAGGUGGUGAUCUGAUGACUGACGGAACACGCAGAAAAAUUGUUGUCUCCACUCUAGCCGAAGCGGAAUUUUUCGCAGCUGGCGGAUUUGAUGACAUCAUUUACGGCAAACCUGUCAUUCCAUCACAAAUUCCCAGGUGCAAGAAGCUGCAAGAGAGGUGCACUCAAUUCCAUCUGCUGUUUGAAAACGAAGAGUCAUUUUAUUCGUUAGAGAGGACCCCUCUGGAAAACAAAAAAUGGACAGUGUUCCUGGAAGUAGAUAUCGGGGGCUGCAGAACUGGUGUCCCGUGGGACAGCGAAAGAGUGAUCGAGUUAGCCAGGUUAGCAUCACAGGCCCAGAACGUGGAAUUCAAAGGUAUCUACUCUCAUUCCGCUGUGGCUUACACCAAGACCUCUGAGACUGCCUUGAGGGGUCAGGCCAAACUCGACACCCAAAGAGUCAUGGGCGUGUGUGAUAGAAUCCGACAAGCCGGAAUUGCAGUAGAUUCGGUGGGUCUGGGAGAUACCCCUUCCUGCUCGGUAAUCGACGACUCCAUGGCCAAUCUCACCGAAGUACAUCCUGGCAACUAUGUAUUCUAUGAUACCCAGCAGUGCGGCACUGGUUCCUGUACAAUGGACGACAUCGCUGUUCGCGUGGCCACUCGAGUUAUAAGCCACAAACCAGAAAUCAAUCAAAUCGUAACGGACAGUGGCUUUGUGUCCCUCAGCCAUGACGGAUUAAGCAGCAAUCUUCCGAACGGAAUUGCGGUGUUCCAAGAUCACCCGGAAUUAAGAUUGCAACGUGUAACCCAAGAACAUGGCUGUGUUUCCGUCAAGAGUGGAGAUAUAGACUGCCGUGCCUAUCCUCUGGAUUCCAUGCUGUUCAUCUACCCGUAUCACGCAUGCGCCACAGCAGCCAAUCAUCCGGUGUUUUACGUCCAUUCUGGAGACAAAGUCCUCGGGACGUGGAAACCUGUCAAAGGAUGGUGAACAAUGAAGUUUUCCUUGGAAUUUUCUUUGAACUUCCAGUAACGUACAUGUACCAAUAUCAUAAUUAUGCUGGAAAUAAACAAUUAAGAUUA